AUGGCCAAAAUAGUCACCAUCGCCGGGCGUCGCCUGCGAUUCCCAAGCAUUCCCAUGUUCCGGGUAUUCUACAGCUUAACGUACACUCUGAUCUACCUCAUCACCCUCGUAUUCCUGGCCAUAACCCCGAUAUCCAUGCUCUACGCCUCCAUCCAGCAAGGUGCCCUCCAAUAUACCACUAUGAUCGGCGGCGCAUACGUCCUCACCAUCAUCAUCGCCAUCUUCAUCUACAGCAGCCGCCUCUACACGAACCGCUCAGUGCUAUCCUCCGUAGGCAAAGCAUACGUCCCGAUCGAAGACGGCGAGGUCGGCAACAUGGUCCGGAAGAUGAUCGUGAAGCAAUUGCAAAGGAGCGCCGUUGUGGCAUGGGAGAGCCGGCCAAGAGACCUCUUCGGUGAGAUUCUUUUGGCGGCGCAAGAAGGCAUACUAGCCACUGAGAGGCAGAAUGUUGUUGACAAGAAUGCCUACGUAGUCGGAACGGAGAUUCGCGUGGACCCGCUGAAUCCUCCUUGGGGUGAUGUCCAGCAUCCUGGAUGGUCUUCGCCCAGUCAUCAGGAUAGUAACAAAACGCCUGGCGUGCAGUUUGAUAGUGUCAUUGCGGAGCUGCCGCAUUUGAUCGAGGCGAGAGCUGUCUCUCUGGCACCGUCAGAUCCUACUCUUACGCCUGUCGAAGGGGAGCCACAGCCAGCGGAUCCAACGGUUGUGGAGGUAUUAAAGAGGCCUGCGACGAUGGGUGUACGGGAAUAUCUCACCAAGCUGGCUUACCUCGGUCUGGUACAGUCGCCAGAGAUCGGGCAAAGGUUCCUCACGCAGUACGAGAGAGCACGUUUCUCCGGCAACCCAGUCCGGCCAAAGGAAUUCGACAACUUAAUGAGCGCAUUUGCAGAACUGUUGUCUGAAAUGACGGAGUUGGAUCAUGCGAUCAUCGACGAGAUCCGAGUACAAGUCAGCGAGAAGGAGGAAUUAGCCGAACAACGAGUCCCAACUCUAUCACUACCUUAUGAGGGUGCACCUCAACCGAGGACGCCAUCGCCACCUCCACACUCAGUACAGUCGAGCGCGCCAAGUCCAGUCACAGCAAGAGAAGCAUUGUCAUCUCGCAAUGCCACCCCAUACCUUCACCUUGAUACCGAUAGCGAGGAGAGCUUUAGUUCCGUCCUACGGCAUACUCCCGAGCCAGCCGCGCAGAGCUCACCGCUGAGCUAUCUCAUGUAUGAACAGCAAGCUCCGAGCUCAUCGACCUUGCCUAGCGAUUCUGGGAGCGUGCUCAGACAUGACGUGGACGAUACUGGCUGA